AUGGUUGAGCUUAAACCUAUUUUCAGGAAGGCCUACUGGUCUCUUGCCUUUGGGGGACUAAUCUAUGUGCUGUGUCUUCUCUCCUUAACCUUCCCAGAGGUCCAACGCUUUGUUCUUUAUGCCAACAAGAUCAACCCCAGCUUGUGGCAGGAUGUCAAUCAAGUUGAGCAAUUUGGAUUUUUGAGAACCCAAGUCCAACCGUUUCAUUUGGUGACGCCUGACAAUGAAACCAUUUACGGCUGGCACUUGAUGCCCUUGCAUCUUUGCCUAGAAAGUGAAAGGGAAUUAAUGGAGAAUCCCUCUACGGGCCCAGCUGAGGAUUACACGAAGACAGUUGCCCACAAGCUUCUCGCCAAUGACCCCAAUGCACGAGUCGUUGUAAGCUUUCACGGAAAUGCGGCGCACUUGGGUUCUGCUCAACGCCCUGCCACUUACAACACGAUGUUGAGCCUGUCUACCCCGUCAAACCCAAUCCACGUCUUUGCAAUUGACUAUCGCGGCUUUGGUGUUAGCACUGGAUCUCCCACAGAGGAAGGUCUUAUCACGGAUGGCGUGUCCCUCAUUAACUUCCUUACUGCAGGGCCAUUAAAAGUACCCACUUCUCGCAUCGCCAUCGUGGGCCAGAGUCUGGGAACCGCAGUCACAGCCGCAGUGGCAGAGCGUUUUGCAUUCGGAUCACCUGAUCCGGCAGCUAUUCAACCAGCUAUCAAGAACGCCGAGCCAUUCGCCGGCGUAGUUCUACUGGCGUCCUUCAGCAGCCUAAGAAACCUCCUUGAAUCCUACAGCUUCAAAGGCAUCACACCACCUAUCAUGUCCCCCAUCAUGGGAUAUCCUCGGGCUCAGAGGUGGUUGUUGAGCCACAUUGUGGACCACUGGGACACUGCUGCUAGACUGGCGCGUCUUACCGGCGUCAAUACUACUUCGUUGAACGGUGGAAACCCGGAAUACACCGAUAAAAGCCUUGAUCUGACUAUCGUUCACGCUUUCGACGAUGCUGAAAUCCCCUGGUAUGAAGGACGCCGCGUUUGGGUGGCUGCCACUGGCGGACACAUCAAGGGUGCUCCUGGCGCUAUGACAUAUCACAAAGCCGAGGACGGCAACCCCAGCGAGGUGAAGAUUUGGAAGAAUCAGAUCAGCGAUCAAGAUGGCACUGAGAUUGUGAAGACAGUCAGGUGGGAACGGAUUCGAUAUGGUGGUCAUAAUCGUGUUGCAUCGGGCUCGGUGGCUGGUAUCGCUGUUAUGAGAUCUUUUGAGCAGUAA